AUCGUCACAUCGCACAUCCGCCACCAUGACCGACGGCCCUUCUUUUGACCAACUGCGCGCUUCGUUGCUCGACCUGUCCGAGCCCAUGGGCAAGCGCACCCGCGCUGUCUUCUACCUACGUACCCGUGGUGGUAAAGACGACCUGCAAGUUCUCUUGGAAGCUCUGCCCAACAAGAAGGACUCGGAACUCAUGCGCCACGAACUGGCGUACGUGAUCGGUCAGUUCCAAGACGUCGUCGCAUGCCCGGUAUUGGAAGCUGUGCUUGCCGACGUCGACGACGACUGCAUGGUCCGCCACGAAGCAGCCGAGGCGCUGGGUGCGAUCGGAGACGCAUCAUCCAUUGACAUCCUGGAGCGAUUUUCCCACGACGCUGCGCUCGAAGUGGCGGAGACGUGCGCGUUGGCCCUUCGUUUAGUCAAGUACAAACAUGCUGGACACGAUGCUUCCGAAGCCGCCGACGAAAUGGAUCGCAAUCCAUAUUACUCGGUGGAUCCUGCGCCCGCCAUGCCAAAGUCCAAGUCCACCGACGAACUCCAAGCCAUCUUGUUGGACACGUCGCGAUCCAUGUUUGACCGGUACCGCGCCAUGUUUUCCCUUCGCAACCGCAACACGGAAGACGCUGCUCUGGCAUUGGCGAGUGCGUUCCACGACACGAGCGCGUUGUUUCGACAUGAAAUCGCCUACGUCAUGGGCCAAAUGGCCAACCCCGUGACCGUGCCGGCGCUCAAAGAGGUGCUGAUCAACGAAGCGGAACACCGCAUGGUGCGCCACGAAGCGGCCGAAGCGCUGGGGGCCAUCGGCACGGCAGAAUGCGAAGACAUUCUCAAGGUGUACUUGAAGGAUGCUCAUCAGGUGGUGCGCGAGAGCUGCGAAGUGGCGCUGGAUAUUAUCGACUACUGGGCCCAACCGCAAGCCCAGAACGCGUAAACAAUGAAGUUACACCGAUAGAGGGGCACAUCCUUGGAUAUAUAUAUCUAUACUACUGGCUUGUAAAAGUCGGCCAUAGCUACUACAUAAAUACACUGUGCGGACAGACUCCAUGAUCACUUAGUAUGAUGGAGUGAUGCGGUCGAGCUUUUUCAAGUCCAAGUCCAAAGCGCGCAAUUCACGGCGGGCCAGCCAGCAGGCCGCGGCAAAGAGCCGAGGACCCAUGACGAUGGCCGAGACGGUCGUUGGAUUGACGGUGUCGGUAGUUGUGGCGAGGAGGACCAACUUCUGCUGCUGCUGCUGCCACAAUGAGUACAGCACUCCGCUGACGAGCCAGCUGAUUACGACGAGGCACCGGGUGGUCCAUUGCACCAUUGGAUGCCGACUCCAGAGGACGAGGCUGGCUUCGCCAAUGUACCCCACAAUCGCAAGCUUGUACAUGUACAAGAGGUACUGCAUGUGGAUGGCAUCUCCCGUAGAAGCGGAAGACAAUGGAAGGAAAUACAGUUGCCACGCCAUGGCGCCAGUUAGAAGGAAGCCAAGGACGGCAAGCACACCCCGCCAUACACGUGAUUGGGUGAUGUUUUGCUCGCGUAGGACAUUAAGAAGUUGGACAUCCACGGCGGUAGCGGUGGUGGCGGGCGAGGAAGAUGGUGGCGGCAUGGUUGCUACAUUCGAAUUUGCUUUUGUAACGGUUUGUUUGUCCAAGGGUUUUGCGCAAUGCAGGAUGCGUUUAAACUGAGAUCAACG